AUGACGUACGAAUUCUGCUGUAGGCAAUGUUUACACACCGCGAGCAAGCAUCCUAAGACCGGUGACAACAUCCUAACGAUUCAUCUCAACGGCAGAGUAGAGGACACCCCUGUUGGGCGCCGGGUUGUCACCGCUAGCCACUGGCUCAAUGCUGGCCAGUCCUCCACCGAGGUGGGCUCGUUUGCAGCCUCUUGGAGUUAUUCCGGCACUGCAUACGACGCAUACAGCGAUGAUGCUGCAAACGCCGACGCCCAGCAGGUAUCUUACGACCUAUUCGGUGGCGAAAAUCGCGAAGAGCUUCUCGCCCCCUACGACUGUACCACUUUGACUCCGUCUAACGGCGAUGACGAGUCUGCCAACAUCUCUAUCACGCCACAAGGCCCCGGCCUCAGCACUGAGAUCGAGCCAGCAUGCGGUGCCGGAACAGCAAAUUGA